AUGUUGAAAAUGACCGAGGAGCACGACAAGUGCGCGGGCGAGCAACCAUGCAGUCCCGCGGUCACCAGCAGCUCCAUGUCCCAGGACGAGUCUGACUCAGACGCGCCGUCCUCGCCGAUCGGUUCCGACGGCCACGCCGCCUCUUUGCUCGCCGGCUUAGGCAAGAAAUUGGACUCGGAAGACGACGAGCGCUUCCCGGCUUGCAUACGGGACGCCGUGUCGCAGGUCCUCAAGGGAUACGACUGGUCCCUGGUGCCCAUGCCGGUGCGAGGCAACGGCUCCCUGAAGAGCAAGCCGCACGUCAAGAGGCCCAUGAACGCCUUCAUGGUUUGGGCUCAGGCGGCCCGCAGGAAGUUGGCCGACCAGUACCCGCACCUGCACAACGCCGAACUGAGCAAGACGCUUGGCAAACUGUGGCGUUUGCUUUCCGAGAGCGAAAAGAGACCAUUUGUGGAUGAGGCAGAGCGGCUGAGGGUUCAGCACAAGAAGGACCACCCAGACUACAAGUACCAGCCCAGGCGGCGGAAGAACGUCAAACUGGGCCAGAGUGACUCGGACUCUGGUGCUGAACUGGCCCAGCAUCACCAUCAUCAUCACCACCACAUGUACAAAGCGGAACCGGGGAUGGCUGGACUUGAAGGGGUGGGCAACGGCCACCACCGUCCUGAACAUGCAGGACAGCCUCAUGGCCCACCGACACCACCCACCACCCCGAAAAUGGACACGCACCAUGGCGUCAAGCGGGACUUGAAGAACGAAGGCCGCCGCCUGGCCGAUAGCGGCAGGCAGAACAUCGACUUCAGCAACGUGGACAUCUCGGAGCUGAGCACCGACGUCAUCAGCAACAUGGAGGCCUUUGACGUGCACGAGUUUGACCAGUACCUCCCCUUGAGCGGCCAUGCCGCCGCUUCCUCCUCUGCGGAGCAGGCCGCUUACGUCUCCCCCUACAGCGGCAGCUCUGUGUGGAACCGCAAGAACGCCAUGGCGGCCGAGGCAGCGCAGCACCGCCUCCACAUCAAAACCGAGCAGCUGAGCCCGAGCCACUACAGCGAGCGCUCCCCCUCGGACCCAGACUACGGCCCGUACAACAGCCAGGCCUUAACGGCCUCUUUCCCCGCCUCCUCCUGUGACUAUAGCGACCUGCAGAGCUCCAACUACUACAACCCUUACGCCGGCUACCCAUCGGGCCUCUACCAGUACCCGUACUUCCACUCGCAGCGGCGACCCUACGGCAGCUUAGCGGUGGCACCCGCUCACAGCCCCGCCGCCUCUGGCUGGGACCAACCAGUCUACACCACGCUGACCCGCCCUUGAUGGCCGGGACAGACUUAAGCACUACUAACAAAGGAAAAGCAAAAAAGUGCCUGCUGAUUUUCUACAACAUACUAUAUCUUUGCAACACUUGACUUUUGACGCCAAAGGAAACUAUUGGCUGUGCCUCCGUGAAGAUGUAUUUUCUUCCGUGUGUGUGUGGUUUUUUUGUUUUGUUUUUAUGGCCUGCACUUAACGAUGAAACACUAGCUUCUUUCACAAAGCUUCCGCAGAACAGCUGCAGCGACAAGGUAAUAGAAAAAAUCAGUGUUAAAAUCGCUGUAAAAUCCAAACAAAUGUCUUGACAGAGAAGAGCGUUGAAGUUAGCAGAAACAACUAAAUGCAAACGUGUUAAACUGAUCACUUGGGAAACAAGAUGUUGUGUCCGCUGAAUUUGUGGAGCCCUGCUAAAAAAUGCAUGGUUUGGGUUUGGAAAAACACCUCAGUUGACUACAAUAUUUCCUCUUCAUGGGAGACACUGGCCUUUAGUACAGCACUCUAAAUAGCUCACUGCAUGCUAUCGUGAUCAAAAUCCUCAAGUGGGGAGCACGGAGUGGUUGCCAAUUCUAACCACGGCCUGAAAAUUGUGAAAGCAGUUUACCACGACAGAACGUCUCUGCAGUUCUACCACCCUCCCAAACAAUGCAAACCUACCGUUACUUUCACGUUUACAGCGGUUUGCUUAAAAUGUCUCAUGGAUUUACUUGAUUUAAAUGCAAAUGGAAUUGAGCCUCAGCUUUUGAGUUUCACCCUAAUCAGAUGACAAACUUUUUGUCCAGAAGUGAGUGUCGAGUGUCCCACCCACCUUUUGCCUUUGUCAAUAUGCGCUUGCAUCCUGACUUGAGCUAGCCGUGCACAAAGGGAUGCUGACCAAUUCCAGCCUGAUUAAAUUCCAAACACAAGGAAGUGCAUUUUGAAAUUCCCUCAUAUCAAGUCUUAAUAGAAGCAAAAGUGACUAUAAUAUGAAACUUACACUGUAAAAGUCUUAGACUUGUAUAUAUUUAUCUUUUUACUUUCAUUGUUGGUUUCUCUUGUAGUGGGCAUGCGUGAAGAAUUAUUCCGAUUUUUGUUUGAUUGAAGAUCUCAUUCCAAUGAAGACAAUUCCAUCGAAAGCAAAGUUCCUCGUUACAAGUGCAACACAACAGGUGUCAGCAAUCUAUGCCUGGCCAAUUGCGAUUGGUCAUGUUAGGGCUUGAGAAAAUGGGAUCAAAUAACACUGGCCGCUCUGAGUGAUGCGUCAGCUGGACGACACAUGGAUGUGUGUCCGCGCCAAAUCUAGUUUAAUUUCUUUUUUCAAGAUUCAAGAUUCAAGAGUUUUUAUUCGCCAUGUUUGAGCGUGCCAAACAAGGAAUUUGACUUCGGUAAAAAUACACCCUCUGUUAAACAUUUAGGUGACUAACAACAUUCAGGACAUGUGAAUAAUGGCAAAAACAGUGUAGACAAAUUCAAAAAGGUUUUUGUACAUUAUGUAUAAUUUUGACAAAGGGUUGUGCAAAUAAUUGAUUAUGAACCCAUUUUUCCAAUCGCACACACUUGCAAAGCUAACCCAUGUGCUGGCUGAUUUUUUUUAAUAAAUGACUUGCUCCUA